CCGCACCUGUCUCAUCAGUAAUUUCCACUGAUUAAAUAGAUAAUAAAAAAAAACUGCGGAAGUGUGUGUCAUGUUGGAAGUUCAGGAUGCCUCUGUACUUCCUGUAGUUUGCUCGUUUUCUCGCAUGAGUUCGGCUGGGGAGGGAUCGCGGCGGCGCUAGCGGCUCCGGACGGGCUUUAGCUCUCAGUGAGCCGGUGCGUUCCAGUGGGACUAGCAUGGCUGUUUGCUUCUUCUUUGUGGAUAAGAUACAUUACUUUCCGGGACGCUAGUGAAAGCGCCGUGGGACACCAGAUGCGUUUGAAGGGGGAGGAUAUUAACUGUACAAAAGUGGGACUAGUCGUUUUCGGCUGCAUCGGCAUCUGAAAGACUGUUUUCACCGUCGAGGGCUGCGGCGCCCUGGAAAUCAUGAUGGACAAACGGCGCACGAUCUGUUUGCUACUGUCUCUCGUCUUUCCGCACUUUAAAAACAGCCAUGCCUUUAAUUUAGAUAUUGAAAAACCAUCGGUUUAUUCCGGCCCGUUGGGAAGCUAUUUCGGCUUCUCUGUGGAUUUUUUCAAGCCCAAUGACAGACAGUUAAAUGUCCUGAUAGGCGCGCCGAAAGCCAACGCGUCUGUUUCGGCCGUGCUGGAGAGAGGCGCGGUGUAUGACUGCCCCUGGCAAUCAAGUGCAAACUGUAAGCAGAUACAAUUUGAUGAUACAGAUGACCGGAAGAAUGCGGACGGAGUUCAGAUGGAGUUUAAGUCUAACCAGUGGUUUGGGGCCACAGUGAGAUCAGAAGGAGACCAUAUUCUGGCUUGUGCACCUCUUUACCAGUGGAGCACCCUGGGACUUUCAGAGAGAGAACCUGUUGGAACUUGCUUUCUAAAGAAGGGUGGGAAAACGGUGGAGUACUCCCCUUGUCGAUCAGCACUGAAAACUCCAGAAGGUCAAGGCUUCUGUCAAGCAGGAUUCAGUAUUGACUUUCUGAAACAGAAUAACAGAGUAGUGGUUGGAGGUCCUGGCAGCUUUUAUUGGCAAGGGCAACUGAUCUCUGAUAACAUCUCUGAGAUCAUCAGCAGGUAUAAUAGCAAAGAGUUCUUUACGCUCUACAGCGAGCAGCUAUCGACAAAGCCUGCCAGCGCCCAGUAUGACGACAGCUAUUUGGGUUACUCCGUGACCGUCGGUGACCUUAAUAACGACGGCGAUGAUGACUAUGUCACAGGAGUCCCUAGAGGAGAAAAGGCUCUUGGCUAUGUCAACGUUUUCAAUGGGAGGAGCAUGGAAUCUAUGGCUAACUUCACAGGAAUGCAGAUGGCUGCCUACUUUGGCUACUCAGUGGCCGCGACUGACAUCAACAACGAUGGAGUGGUGGACCUGUUCGUUGGCGCCCCCCUCUUCAUGGACCGGGGCUCGGACGGGAAGCUGCGAGAGGUGGGGCAGGUUUACACGUACCUCGGAAAGGGCGGCUUCUCCUUCCACACACAGCGCGUGCUGACGGGACUGGAGGUUUACUCGCGGUUCGGCAGCUGCAUCGCCGCCCUGGGGGACCUCGACAUGGAUGGCUUUAAUGACAUCGCCAUCGCGGCGCCCUACGGUGGCCCAGACCACUCAGGCCUGGUCUACAUCCACAACGGCAGGGCUACCGGGCCUGAUUCAGUUGCGUCCCAGGUUCUGGAGGGCAAGUGGGCCUCCAGCUACAUGCCCCCCAGUUUUGGAUACUCCAUGCAUGGAGCCACCGACAUCGACCUCAAUGGAUACCCAGAUCUAAUUGUUGGUGCUUUCGGAGCAGACAAGGCAGUUCUGUACAGGGCUCGGCCGGUGGUCAGCAUAAACGCCACCCUGGACAUCACCCCUCAGAUUCUGAACCCUGAGGAUAAGUACUGCGACCUGGCCGGCUCCUCCAGCCCUGUGUCCUGUUUUACGGUGAAGUACUGUCUUCAGGCCAGAGGGCAUGGGGCCCCCAACCUUCUACGCUUCAAGGUGGAGCUCCUGCUGGACAAGCUGAAGCAGAAGGGGGCGGUGAAGCGCGUUCUCUUCCUGCACAGCCGGACCUCCCAGUACCCCAAGAACCUGACCGUCCCCAACGGCAGAGGACUGGCGUGUGAGGAGCUGCAGGCCUUCCUCAUAGAUGACUCAGAGUUCAGGGAUAAGAUCACGCCCAUAAUGGUCUUCAUGGAAUACAGCCUGGACUACAGCGCCCCCGCUGACAGAAGUGGCCUGCAGCCCAUUCUGGACCAGUUUGCCCCCGCCAACAUCUCCAAGCAGGCUCACAUCCUGCUUGACUGUGGAGAUGAUAACAUCUGCAAGCCCGAACUGAAACUGUCAGUGGUGAGUGACCAGGAGCAGAUGUACAUUGGCGACGACAACCCGCUGACGCUGCAGGUAACGGCGGAAAACAGCGGGGAGGGCGCCUACGAAGCCGAGCUGCUCGUCUCCCUGCCCCCCCAGGCUGACUUCAUCGGUGUGGUCCGCAACAGUCAGAUGCUGUCCAGACUGUCCUGCGCCUACAAGAUAGACAACCAGACCAGGUUUGUGGUCUGUGACCUUGGCAACCCCAUGAAGGGAGGAACAAAAUUGGUGGCAGGACUCCGCUUCAGUGUGCAUCAGCUGUCCGAGCAGGACACCGCCGUCAAGUUUGACCUGCAGAUUCAGAGUUCCAACCAGUUUAAUAACACAAGCAAUUUAGUGUCCAGCGUCACAAAGCUUGCAGUUUUGGCCAAAAUGGAGAUCCGGGGUGUUUCUGCCCCAGACCAAGUCUUCCUCCCCAUCGCAAAUUGGCAGCCCAAAGACCCCCCGGCAGUGGAGGAUGACAUCGGGCCCCUGGUGCAGCACAUCUAUGAGCUACGCAACAACGGCCCGAGCACCGUCAGCAAGGCCAUGGUGGACAUCCAGUGUCCCUACAGGCUGGGUAGCAGCCCCCUGCUCUACAUCACGUCCUACGAGGUGGACGGACCCAUGAACUGCAGCACCAGCAUACAGAUCAACCCCCUCAACGUUUCCAAUCCCACCCUGUCAAGGAGAAACGCAUCCGUCGUCGGCGGGGAGCGCAGUGACGAAGGGAGGCGUUCCCGGCGAGACGUGGAGGGCAAGAAGAUGGAUGGAAACCUGGAUACUCUGGACUGCGUGAGAGCUGAGUGUCUGCACAUCAAGUGCCAGGUGGGCCGGCUGGAGAGAGGCAAGGGUGCCAUCCUUUUCGUCCGCUCCCGGCUGGGCGUGGCCACCUUUCUCAAGGCCGAGAACCAGAACCGGUCCUACGUUGUGAGGUCCACAGGCUCCUUCAGCGUCAUCGAAAUGCCCUACAAAAAUCUGGAGAUUGAGUUUCCGUCGAACUCCACGGUGGUGAACACAGCGGUGAUCUGGGUGACGACGGACUAUAAGCAUCCUGUCCCGGGGUGGGUCAUCACUCUGGCCGUGCUGGCUGGCCUCCUUCUGCUGGCUUUGUUGAUCUUCAUCAUGUACAAGCUUGGCUUUUUCAAUCGCGUGCGCCCUCCUCAGGAUGACUUCCAUGAUAAGGAGCAUCUGCAACCACUGGAGAAUGGCGACGGGAACACAGACGCUUGAAGACCCCGCCCCCUUCCUCCCUCCUUGUAUCCUAUUGGCCCAUUCUUGGCAGAAAGCCUCUCACUCUGGAUCGGCGGCCUAUCUCUGCACUGCCAUCGAGCGACACUGGGAGGGAUUCCACCAUUCGAGGGCUAAAACUGAAAUGAAUCCUGUGAGCACUCAGCCAUGAGUACAGACCAGAGGGACUGAUGUACAUCUCAGGUUAAGUGGAGCAGCAAGAUGAAAUGAAGUCCUAGUUCGCCUGCUGACUGGUCCGUGUGAACGAGCGGCCGUGACAGUUAUCAGGCGUCACUGAGAGUAUGACGCCGCGUCCUGCCGCAAAUCAGGAUUUCAUUGGGUCACCGCACUGCCCCCUGCUGGUUUCUUCCCCGCGUCUUAAUGCACUGAUGUCAUUUAGACUGCACCAACACUAACGAUUAAUUAGCUAGGAGUUGAAGUAAAAAAAUGGUGUCAAUGAAGUUCAGUUAAAUUGAAGAAUGCUACAAAGCCCUUAUAUCUCUGGUCUAUAUAUAGUGGGACAAAAAAUGACUUCAGUCAUUUUUACAGUCUUUUUGAUAACUGCUGCCAAGGUAAAUUUAGACGUUUUACUUAACCCUUUCGAGGGUGUUUUUCUAUUGUCAGAAAUGCUGUUUUUCAAAAUUCAAAUUGUUACACUGUUCUAAUUACAUUAAAUAAUUACUUAUUACUCGUUAAAUUUUAUUGUAUAGUUUCCCAAAUGUUCUUAGAUAGUAAAUGGAUUUUUUUUUUCUUACAUCUUAAAGCAUUACGUGUACAAAGGCGCUGCAUUCCAAUAUUAAAAUGCUGAAUGAAUUUUUUUGUGAGGGAGGGGCUGGGGAAAAGUAUGCUUUUGAGCUGAGAAGUUCGCCGAUAUCGUGUUUUUAUACUGUUGAUAAUGGUUGUUUUUGCUCAAUAUGUGAUAAAUAUGUUUACAGACUGUGCACGGAAAACUGUUUCACUU